AUGUCAAGUUCAGGCGGAGAUCAAUCCUCCAGCUCGGCUUCGGCUUUCCUGUCGACGUUAAUCCCUGUUGGCCUACUAGCUGCAGCAUUUGUUGGGGUAUUCUUGACUGUUCGAACUAAAUACAAACGCGUAUAUGGUCCACGGACAUACCAUGAAACGCUUUCCAAAUGGGAGAUGACUAGAGACCUUCCUACCGGCCGGUUUAAUUGGUUAAAACCUUUUUCACAUAUGCCGGAUGAAGAUGUCCUCAAACACCAGUCAUUGGAUGGUUAUCUGUAUCUUCGCUUUCUUAAAAUGUUGAUCCUUAUCUGCUUUGUCGGGUCAUGCAUUACUUUCCCUGUCCUAUUUCCGGUAAAUGCUACCGCCGGUGGAGGACAAAAACAGUUUGACAUGCUAUCAUUUUCGAACAUUGGAAAAAAUGCCAAGAAUAGAUACUACGCCCAUGUGUUCAUUGGCUGGAUAUUCUUUGCUUUCGUGAUGUACAUGAUCACUCGAGAGACUAUGUACUGCAUCAAUAUCCGCAACGCCUAUCUUCGUGCUCCUUUCUACGCCUCCAGAAUUUCCUCACGGACGGUUCUAUUCACCGAUGUUCCUGCCGAAUACUUGAACCCCGACAAGUUACGGACCUUAUUUUCUACAUACAUGCAAAGAUAUUGGCUGGCAACCGAUUGCAAGGACCUAGAGAAGAAAGUCGAGGAACGAGACAAGGAUGCCAUGAUGUUGGAAAAUGCAGAAAUCCAAUUGUGCAGUAAAGGGAAUAAGAGGCACCUAAAGUGGGAGAAAAAGGGGGACAAGAGGAAAGAUGCCAUAUCCGAGUAUGACCCGGAAGCUCCAGCUACAUCCCGAUACCUGAAAAAGAAGGACCGCCCAACUCAUCGUCUAGGCAAGAUUCCUUUAAUCGGAAAAAAGGUCGAUACCAUAGACUGGACCCGGAGCGAGCUGCGACGACUUAACCCGGAGGUGCAGUGGGCUCAAGAUAGGCACCGCAGUGGGGAUGCCAAAUUACUCCCAGCUGUUUUCAUCGAGUUCACUACUCAGGAGGCUGCAGAGGCUGCGUUCCGAAGGAUGACCCCCUCGAAACCACCACACAUGCGUCCUCGCGCCAUAGGUGAAAGGCCGGACGAAAUCAUAUGGAAGAAUCUUGGGCUUAGCAGGAAACAGCGCUGGCUAAGGAGAUUUGGAACCAACACAUUUCUUACUCUGAUGAUCAUCUUCUGGGCCAUUCCAGUGGCCGUCGUUGGUGCCAUCAGUAAUAUCAAUUACCUGACAAACAAGGUUCCUUUCCUCGGAUUCAUUAAUCACAUCCCUCCAGUUGUCCUCGGUGUUGUCACGGGCUUACUACCGUCCGUUGCUCUAUCGAUACUGAUGUCAUUGGUGCCCGUUUUCUGUCGAUUUGCCGCGAAACUCAGCGGAGAGGUGACCCUUCCAGCCGCCGAACUGAGAACGCAGUCUUGGUAUAUGGCUUUCCAGGUGGUUCAAGUUUUCCUGGUCAUGACCUUGGCCUCCGGUGCUUCAUCAGUCGUCACGAAAAUCAUCAACGAGCCUAGCAGCGCAACGACGCUACUAGCAGAAAAUCUCCCCAAGGCAUCGAACUUCUACAUCUCGUAUUUCAUUGUCCAGGGCCUCGGGAUUUCAACAGGCAGUCUGUUAAACAUUGGAGGCCUUGCCAUGGGAAUUAUUGGUCCAAAGUUCCUCCAAAACACUCCCCGGAAGAAGUUCAACAGUUAUAUCACACUCGGUGGCCAGAUCUGGGGCGCUCAAUAUCCACAGUUCGGUAACUUGGGCAUCAUAGCGUUAAGUUACUCUAUUAUCUCGCCGCUCCUCCUUGGGUUCGCCACAGUCGGGUUCCUGUGCAUCUAUCUCGCUGUCCGCUACAACUCCUUCUACGUCCUAUCCAACACCAUUGAUACCAAAGGGUUGGGGUAUGCCCGUGUUCUCCAACAGCUCACAACCGGCGUAUAUAUCGGACAAGUCUGCCAACUCGGCCUUUUCGCUAUCAACACUGCUCCCGGACCGAUCGUAUUACAGGCUAUCUGUCUCGGGGUGACAGCCAUCUAUCACGCUAUAAUGAGGCAUACCCUCUCCGAAUACGUCCUAUACCCCCCAGACAGCAUGGACUACGAUGAACGACUCGCUAUGUUAGCAUCUAAAAAGCGCAUGUCUUACGACUCCACCAAAGAAGGCCGACCCCCUAGCGAGAAAGGCGCCACAGGUCCUAUCAGCAAGCUCUCUGAAAAGAAAGCAACCUUCCUGGCCCGCUGGUUUGAUCCCCGCCGGUCCAAGUCAUAUGACCGAUUCCGCAACUUUGUAUUUGAGCAAGAACCUCCACAGUACAGUAUGGAAGAGGAGGAAUCGGCUUAUUUCAACCCCGCAAUUUCGAGUCCUCCUCCAACGCUGUGGAUUGUGCGGGAUGAUCUGGGAAUUAGUACCCAGGAGGUGAAGGAUUCGAUUGAGGUUAUAAGCAUCACGGAUGAAUUUGCGAGGUUUGAGGGUAAGAAGGUUGUUUGGGAGCGGGGGGAGAGAGUGGACUUGAAUGAGGUUCCGAUCUGGAAGAAGGAUGUCGAGUAUUAA